GUUAUUGGUUGUCCUACAAUGUAACUCAUUACAUGCAGUUACCAUUAAAAAGCUUGACUGUUUAAGUAUGGUUAGGGUUUUAAUGGCAAAUAAUACAUUUUUAAUAAUGUGAUUGGAGUGAAGCUUUAUUCCUAAGUAUUGAUUAUUACAUCAAGCACACCAAGUUCCGACGUACAUGUAUACCAGCCUCUCAAGGCUAUAAUGAGGUAAUGAAUAAACGUACACUUUACAUGUAGGAUUUAAAGCCAAUUUCAUUCCAAACCCUCUUAGAUAUGCUUUCACCUGUAAUGCUAUUAUACCGACAGGUGUUAGUAGAGUGAUACCCAUAGGCCUCAAAUCAGUAUGGGAUCAUGCAGUGAUUCCUUGAGAUGCUAACAGAAUCAGCAGUGGGAAUAUUGAACAAACUCACUGGAUUGGCAGUGACAUGAUUGAGUGAGGAUCCUGUUGUGUUUAUUGAUACAUACAUAUACAUGUAGAUGCACAAUGUACCAGUAGCCAAGAUUGUGGUGACAUGAUGUACAACAUGUCUUCAGGCCUCUAAUUACUACUAUGCUGUAAUUACUACUAUGCUGUAACAGAAUCAAACCCCUUUGUCAGCGCAGCUAGGGGUACUGUCAUUAUCAUUCUGCAUAUUACUACCGGGUACUGGGUAUCUGUUCUUGUGUUACAGUUGGAGAGCCAUGCACUGCAGCAAUAAAUCAGGUGUUCCCCUUUAAAGGAGAAAUACGCUGAGCCGUUGAGAUUCCCCUUUAAUACCCUUCAUACACCAGUGCCCUUGCAACAAUAGAUCAAGAUGAAUGAAUAGAGUAUGCAACCAGUUCUGUGUGAGCAAGAGCACGCUGGGUGGUUUCGGUAUCCAAUGAGAGUUGGUUGUGAACAAUCGGGUACCCAUGUAGUAUGUGUGGGCGAGUGAACAUGUACGUGUACAUGUUUGUAACAGGUACUGGUAUACCUGAACAUUGUUUACUAGAUAAACACAUAAGGCAAGGAUUUCAUACAAGUGUGCAUGUGGGAUUAUCAGGAAGUGUCUGGCCUCCUGUGGUGAGCUGUAACAGAGACUAGUCUACAUGGACAUGCCAAACUACAUGUGCUUUUUGUCUUUUGUGGGCUACACUGUAUUCAGGUAGUGACGUAGGGGUACCUUCUGACAGGGCUAGUGAUUUUCUUGUAUCCCACAGUGAGUUCAAAGUGCUGCUCCCAAAUUCUGAACUCUGGCAGAGCAGAGUUACAUGAUGGUUCUCUAGCCUAGUAGUAGGAUAUUGGUUGGUGCAUAUCGGAUGUACCAGUAGUUCACAACCUCAGAGUGGUUCCAUUUACAGGUUGUGAUUUGCCCAUUAAAGCAGGCUGGGGAUGCAUGAUAAUUUAUGCACAGACAGUGUAGUCCAAGUUCACAGGGAAACACUAUUUCUCCACCCAGAUGGUCUACAGAUGAAGUAUGGAGCCAUAUAGAUGAAGUCUGUCGCAAAAGUUCACCUAUGGAUUGCCCAACGGGAUUUCCUGUCACUUGCGCAGAUUGAUGUUCCCUGCAUGGUGUAACUGUGGAGAAAGUGCAACUUGCUGUUGCUAAACACCAAGAAAGUUAGCCAGUGUUGUUGGCACAUGCACACAACAGGCAUGAAAGGUACUGUUCAUGCGUGUACUGUACCAUACUGUACAUGUAUACAUUUUCUGUUACAUGUACAUGUAUGCAUUGUAAUCAUGGCUAAAACUACAGUAUCAGUAUAAAGUUAAGUCUGUGUAUACGGUGCAGGCUAUUUUGGUUUUCCUUCAAAUGGCAAUUUGGUCCGCACGUAGGUACUUUGAGAAUGUACUUUAUUAUUCAGUUCCGGUGGAUCAUACUGGUAGUUUAAAUAACGAACAAACAAGAAAGGAUCAACACUUGGCUAUGGGAAUGCAUGUGAGUGAAGGAACUGCUCUGAGCUGCAGGAAGAGACGUUUGAUAAACUGCUUCUUUGGUCUGAUCGUAGUCUUCACCAUGUUGUCCAUGGUUGUGCUGACGCUGUUCCUGUUUGGGGUGAUACCCGGGGAUGGAUGUGGUAUGGAGGACGGGUGCAGUAGGGAUGUUGCCGAGGAGGUUGAUGCCAUUGAUGACAUUCUUCAGGUUUCCACAGCUGCUCCUGUGCUAAGUUUAAAUGAUCAAAAGAUGGAGCAUCGGCCCAAAAAGCUGACCCAGUCAAAGCUACGUGAGUUUGCAGCUCUGACGGAUAUCGAUCGUUUCAUGGGCCCAGAAAUCCUGGAUCCAUUACUAAGGGUCAGAGUGCCAGGAACACCUGGAAAUGCAGAAGUUAGACAGUUCAUCGUUUCCAGCCUCCAGAGCCUGCAGAGUUGGGACAUUGAAGAGGACCAAUCUACCCACUGGACACCCCACAACCGGGCCAACACCGACUUUGUGAAUGUCAUUGCCACACUGCGCAACCCCAAUGCCCAGCCAGAAUCAGACCUGAAGCUUGUCCUCGCCUGCCAUUACGACAGCAAGCACUUCCCAAAUGAUGAAUUCAUCGGGGCCACUGACUCAGCUGUGCCAUGUGCUAUGCUCUUAGACUUGGCCCACAACUUGAAGGCAUCGCUGGAUGCUAAGACAUACAUGCCCUACACCCUGCAGCUGAUCUUUUUUGACGGGGAAGAGGCCUUUGUCCAAUGGACCAGCACUGACUCUCUUUAUGGUUCUCGGCACCUGGCCCAGAAGUGGGCAAACAUGCCCCAUCACUCCGUCAGCAAGCAAAAAGUCCUGGAUGGAAUUGGCCUUUUUGUCCUUUUGGAUCUUCUUGGAACAUCCUCUCCAAACUUCAAGAAUUUUUUCUCCACAAAUACUCAGAGUAAUAGAAUGUACAAACACCUCCAGAAUAUAGAGAAUCGUUUAGCCCAGAACAACGAGCUGAUUUCAUACUCAGAGGAUGGACCUUAUUUCUCUGGGUCUACAUCAAGAGGGAUGAUAGAGGAUGACCACAAGCCAUUCCUUGAGCGGGGUGUGGACGUUGUGCACGUAAUUGCCACACCCUUCCCAUCUGUCUGGCACCGGCCGACUGACAACAAGUCAGCCCUGAACAGGAACACCAUCGCCAACCUCAACAAGAUUUUCCAUGUCUUUGUGGCUGAGUUCCUUCACCUCAAGCCCCCCCAAUGACAUACGGCGCCGGUCAACCCUAGGCCUCGUCCCCUGCAUUCUGGCAUGCCGCUACUGAAACCUACGCACAGUGCAUUUGUGUUGUGUUCGUUGUCGCUUGUCCGCUUUUGUGCCUAGAAUGCUGUCGCUAGGGUUACCGGCCCAAACUGAGUAAGAACAAAAACCAUUAAGUGAGGACAGUUGCUGUGCUGAAAUGAAAACAAUCACUGAAACGAAACAUUGUGAUAAUUCGUCACAUCAGUACAAUUUUCCCAACUAUCAAACAUUCACGUAACAAAGAAGUUUUAAAUAUUUCUUUUCAGUAACUUUCCAUUCAUGAUGUACUUUUGAGGAUAUUACGGUUUGCCAGAUUUUAAUUAAUGCUCACUGAGGGUUGUCUGAGAGCUUGCAUCUGUGAUGUCUAACCUUUCGAAUGUUGAUUGGCUAGAGUCAAUGAUCUCCAAAGUUAGCCUACAUGUAUGUAGUUGAGAACAGAUAAUUUCAGCGAUUGUUUUUUUUGGGGGGCGGUGGGUUGAAAAACUGUAACAAAUCAUCUCAGCAACUGCCCGUGAGAUGAAGUCUCACUAUUUACUCGGAUUGCGUGUUAGGAUUGCAUGUUAACUGAUCCAGAUUAAGCUCAAUAGGCUUACGGUAAGAAUGUGAUUCUAAUUGCAAUGCAAAUUUUUGGGUGGGUAACCAUUAUGUCUUGUAGAAAAUGUGUGAUUUUUUUUUUUAAUAGUAAUGGACAAAAGGGUAAAGCUAUACUGUGGGAAUCUGUUUAGGUGCCAUGCUGGUAUUGAGACCCAGCUAGACCGCACAACCCCAACCUUACUAAGACCAAUAUUACACUUCCAGGCUGAAUUCAAAUUCUUGAGCUAUUCAAAAUCAACUACAAUAGCAAUCUCAUUGUUCACACUGAUAGUUGUGUAUUGGUGAGAUUGGUCCUGUGAUGGUCAUAAUGAUAACACUGCUUUGUGGGCCGAUUUCAUGGGACUGCUGCCAAGCUAAAAUGUCAUUCAGUGCGUAUUGGUGUGACUGGUCCUGUGAUGGUCAUAAUGAUAACACUGCUUUGUGGGCCGAUUUC